AUGCGUCCCUCUCCGGCCCUCCGUGGCAUUCGUGGCAUCUUCCCCUUGAUACGAUCGCUGGCGCCACAAGCAGUCUCUCCACCCUUCUCCCUCUCUUCCCUUCGAGGGCUUCGCCUCGCCAUCGAUGCUACCCUGCUGGUGCAACGGCUUCACUUUGCAGACGAUCCACACGCGUCUCGCCACGUCAUCGGUUUCUACAGGCUCAUCACUUCGCUGCAUCAGAACGGCGUCAUGCCCAUCAUGGUGUUUGAUCACCCGCAAAAGAGGCUCGCCCUCAAGGAUCGCGAACAGGUCAAGAGGAGGCACAAGCGAGAACUCGAUCGAAUACGUAGUAGGCUCGAACAUGAACGACGCGGUCGGCUCGUUGAACUUCAGUCCCACCUCGAUGCGUUGUCGGAGUUGAGAGAGUCGGAACGGCGGCAGGUGGGGGAAUUGUUGGAUCGAUGGAGGGCUCAAUCGCAGCAGAUAGUGUCGGAGGAGCAGCCGAGCGUGAAGAGGGAGGCAUCCGUGGUGGCACCGUCAAUACCAAAGACAGGCGUGGACGAACCGUUGGGGUGGAUCGGAUCUUCAAAGCCGGAGACCGUCGCCUACAGCAUGCACACAAACUGGCUGCAGUUGGAGGAGAGUCUUCGCAGUGGAGGCGCUAGUCAGUCCAAGGGACAAAAGCUGCUCGCCGAAGCCGAGAAGCAGGUUUAUCAGACCAUCGCCGCCCAACUCCGAUCGGGCGAAGCACCACAACCUCUGCCUUCACCCGAAACGCCAGACGACAUCCCUCUCGCUGCAACACCAGAAUUGACACCACCACCACCCUCAUCCCACCCGCUUUCGUCGCUCAACGCAAUGCACAACUCACUAACAAAAACCUAUGACCGAGCCACCUCCCCCCUCUCCGCAUCCAUCUACCAAGACUGCGCCACCCUAUCCUCCCUCAUGUCCGUACCCGUGUUCUGGACCGGCGACGGCACGCGCACCGGUGGCGGCAGGAUACACGAAGCCGAAGCGUAUGCUGCAUCGCUCGUUCGAUCCGGGUUCGCCGAUCUCGUUGCUAGCGAGGACAGCGAUGUGCUGCUCUACGAAGCACCCCUCCUACGCGGUCUCAUGGGAGGCGUGCGCACCGCGGAAGGAUCUCGAGGAAAGCUCGAAGUCAUCUGCGGUACUCGAGUACGCACUCGUCUCUUUCCCCGCGCUGAUCUGGAGAAACUCGUCCACAUCCAUUCCACCAUCCGACUCGAUUCGACGGGCGACGCCGAGGCAGACUCGCUCUACGAUCGACUCACCCGCUCGCUCAUGCUCGACUUCGCGCUGCUCUGCGGAACCGACUUCAACCGUACCAUCCCAGGAAUCGGUCCGAAAACAGCCCUUCGACUGCUCAAGGAACACGGCAGCAUCUCGACCAUCCUGCGCCGCGAAUCGAAAAAGUUUUCUCCGCCAGACGGUCUCUCGAUUCGAGAGUACGAGACGGAACUUCGACAUGCGAGAAUGGUGUUCCUGCAACCGCCCAAGGUGAGGGCUGCAGCGAGGUCGAUCUUGGGUAGUGCGGCGACGGAGGCUGCGACGAGGAGGGAGGGGUUGAGUGAGAUUGUGGAGCGGGUGUUGUUCGGUGAGGAUCGAAGUGAAGUGGAGGAAGCAGACAUGGUGGAGAACGUCGAUGAUGCUUCAGUCGGAGUGGACACGGUAGUGAACACAUACUGUACGGCAGAACCGGCGGUCGAGCAACAGGUGUCCAGCGUCGCCCCCGACCCAGAAGCCGUCGUUUCUGUUCCUCUCGAACCGGCUUCCACCACUUCAACCACCCCAAUCACAACAGUGACGUACGACCGUCAACGGGUACACGAUUUUCUCCGAUCCCACGGCGUCUUCCGCCACCCCACUACGCAUCCCGACUGGGCACUAGAUACCCUCGACCACACCGAACCACGCGAACAGGAAUGGCGUGACCUGCUCGACCUCGAACUCGGUCUCUCCAGCCCUCCCACUUCGCCACUAACCGCAGAAAUGAAUAGGAUUCUGGAAAUAGAAGAUACAGAUACAGAGGGAACGAGCGGGUUGGACAUGGCCACGUUGGGAGCCGACUUUUUCGGCGAGCGGAAAGCUGUCGCCUGCUGGCAGCCGCACAUGGAGCAACAGCUCGACAGUCGAGCAAAAGACAUUGCUCCGCUACAUAGCAUGCUCCUGCAGCCGCUCAGUGAGAGAGAGAGCUUCCGAGUAUGCGACGAACGCUGA